GAGAGAAGAAGGGGAGAAAGAAUAAUAGAGAGUAAAAGAAAUGAAGAGAGAAAACCCGAUACCAAUCCCUCUCCUCCUCCUGCUCCUCUUUUACUUUGCCGCUGCCGCCGGUGGCUCCGGCGGAUCGACCGUCGUAUCCGUCAUCGACCACGGCGCCAUGGGAGACGGGCGUUGCUAUGACACAGUGGCGAUCCAGGCCGCAAUCGACGCGUGCGCGGCGGCCGGUGGCGGGCGCGUUAGGUUUCCGGCCGGCGGGGAUUACCUGACUGCGACGGUGCGGCUUCGGACCGGGGUAGUGCUCGACAUCGAGCCCGGGGCGCGGAUCCUCGGCGGCACGCGGCAGCGGGACUAUCCGGCCGACCCGGCUCGGUGGUACGUGGUGCUGGCGGAAGGGGCGCGGCGGGUGGGCGUCACUGGCGGCGGGGAGAUCAACGGGCAGGGCGAGGCGUUCGUGGUGCGGAGGGACCCGCGGAAGAACGUGAUGGUGAGCUGGAACGUCACCGGGCUGUGCCGCGGCGACGAGUGCCGGCCGCGCCUCGUCGGGUUCAUCGACUCCGCCGACGUGGAGGUCUCCGAUGUAACCCUAAAUCAACCGGCCUACUGGUGUCUCCAUUUGGUGAGGUGCGAGAACACGUUGAUCCGCAACGUCUCCAUCUACGGCGACUUCGACUCGCCCAACAACGACGGAAUCGACAUCGAGGAUUCAAACCGCACGGUCAUCAGGAACUGCCACAUCGACACAGGGGACGACGCGAUAUGCCCCAAAUCCUCCACCGGCCCCGUCCUCGACCUGCUAGUCACCGACUGCUGGAUCCGGACCAAGUCUUCCGCCAUCAAGCUCGGCAGCGCCAGCUGGUUCGACUUCAGCAGGCUCUUCUUCCACAACAUCACCAUCGUCGACUCCCACAGAGGCCUCGGCAUGCAAAUCCGCGACGGAGGAAAUGUGACGGACGUGGUGUUCUCCAACAUCAGAAUCAGCACGAGAUACUACCACCCUUCGUGGUGGGGGAGAGCAGAGCCCAUCUACAUCACGACCUGCCCCAGGGACUCCGCCUCCAGGAGCGGCUCCAUCUCCAACGUCCUCUUCAUCAACAUCUCAGCCGUGUCGGAGAACGGAGUCUUCCUGUCAGGCUCGCCUGGCGGCCUGCUCAGCAAUCUCAGGUUCAAGGACGUUAACUUGACCUAUCGGAGAUGGACCAAGGAUCCCGGAGACAUCUACGAUUACCGUCCGGGUUGCAAGGAGAUGGUGAAGCACAGCACGGCAGGGAUAAUGAUGGAGUACGUCGCCGGCGUGGAGAUGGAGGAUGUGAAGAUGAGAUGGUGGAGGAGUAACUUCCCCGGAUGGAACAAUCCCCUCAAGAUCAGACCUUCCACUGUCAAUGAACUCUCAUUCAAGGAUUGGAGCUCUAUCGAGAUCACAGAACUCGAAUCCUCACGUUCUUAAGGUAUACCCCCACAUAUCACGUUGUAAUAUUUUCUCAAACUAAAACUGAUUUAAUUUAGAUAUCACCUUCUUCUA